AUGGCAGCGGUUUCAGGCAUUGAUGACCUUGGCCUUUUGAGCAAGGCAGAAAUAUUAGAAUCACUAGGUAAGGACCCCUUGUUAGUAAAUGAGAAGGAAUCAAAGAGUGAUAAUAAAGAUGAUACACCGGUAGAUUUUGAGGGCAUAUUGAAGAGAGAAUCUUCGUUAAAUCAAGAAUUACAUGAUUUGGCUUCUUUAAGAUCAAUUUCUGGUCUUAUUAUGGAAUUCAAGGCUAAUUUUGAACUGUUAGAAUUGGAAAACUGUUACUACUCUUUGCAAAACCUGCGCAAGAAACUGCGAGACACUUCAUCUUUGACUAAACAAAGUUUCUCAUUCCAACAAUCAGUCUUCUCUCAUGUGGAUACUAUGCAUUUACAACUUGUAGGCAAAUUGUAUGAAAUCAUUAGUCAAUGGUUUUGGCAAGUAAACGGUGAUAGCAUUACUUUUAAACGAUUAGUGGAAUUGGGGGAAGAUUCUGAAACGAUGGAAUAUGUGCCAUUCAUUACAUUUGUUGAGCAACAGUACUACCCUGAUGGUUUUCUAGAUCCUGAUCUUUGGGUAAUCAGACACAUGAAAGUUGGAUCUUCGCAAGAUACAGUUGUUGAGAAUUUGAAUUCGAUCCUCAGAGAUUAUUUAAAUUCGAACUUAAUGAUUGAGACAAUCAAGAGAUUCUUAUUUGCUAAGGGUGGUAAGAUUACUUGGGAAGAUCUUGGUAAUACCCAGAAAUUACAUUUUAAGCAGAGUGGUACAGACAAAGUUGGUGAAAGGAUUUCCAAUAUUCUAAACGUGGUUAGCUUCCUCAAUGAAGGCAUAACUCCCCAUGACAAGCACGCAUUGGCUGAGAAAUUAGGCCCCCUAUUAGCGAAUGAUUUGCUGCAAUCAGUUAGAUCUAAUGCUUAUUCUGUUUUACAUUCUUCUGAUUCGCCCUUAAGAGAAGAAGUGAGCUUGGUUAAUGAAAAAUUAAAAUUUCUAUCCAACGAUACACGAUGGAAUUAUCAAAGUAAUGAUGUGGAAGACCUCUUGAACGAUGAUCAAGUUCAUAAAAACCUAUUGUUGGAUGGGGUUUUUGAGAAUUAUGCAUUAAAGAUACGAAGUAUCUUCAGAGAUCCAUCUUUUAAAAAAUUGGACACUGUUCGUACAAAGAACCAUGGACUUGGAAGGCCUCAGAUUACUGUUGGCAAUUCCGUUAAGGAUAAAAAUCAGAAUGAGAAGACCAACCAGCAGCAACCUAAACCUGAACAGAAGGACGGGAAAAAUGAUGAUGACUGGGAUUGGGGGGAAGACGCUGGUGAAGAAGAUGCUUGGGAUAAUGAACUCGCCAUUAAUUUUGAAGAUAGUGCUGGGGCUACACCACGUAAGGCAAGAAGGGUCAGCGGUAAAAGCGGAUCGGAUGAAGCUGACGGUUGGGAUAAGGAAAUGGAAAUAGAUCUUGAUAUCAAUGAAGGAACACCCCGAAGAUUAAGAAGGUUUAGUCAGAAGAGUCAAAAAAGUGGGAAAAGUGAAAAGAGUGAAGGAGAUGGAUGGGGAUGGGAUUUAGAUAUCAAUGAGAUUGAAGGUUCCUCGCCCGUUAAAAAUCCACAGGAAGUCAGGGAUACUAAUGAACAGAAGGAGUUUAAUGGUACUAGCGAUGUUCAGGUAAGCCAGAUGGCAUUAACGUUUAUUAAUAUCAUGAAUGAAUUACAGGAAGCCGUCGAGAAAACCGGUAAAGCCCAAUUUGAAGAUCAUACUUUCCAACAUAAAUUGAACGUUUUGCAAACGCUUUUUUUUGCCAUUUCUACUCGUCAUUUCCAACUAGAUUGGUGGCAGUUGUUUGUCGAUUUGAGAUAUGUUGUGCAAUGUAAUUCACAAUUGACCCGUCUUCACGAAUUGAUGUCCAAUUUACUAGAAAUUUAUUCCAACAGUAGUCUCAAAUUUGUCAUUCAACUGGUUAAUGAACAGAUACAACAAUUUUUUGACGAUGAAAGACACCCCAGUUGGGACGUUACCGAAAAGAAAUUGUUACCGUUUGUGAGAAACCAGAUCAUUGAACCAUUGAGUACCAUAGGUGGUGACGAGGGUACCACUUAUUUGUUACAAUUCUACAACUGCCUAUAUGUGGAUUGUAUUAACGAUAGAAUUCUCCAAUGGAAUGUAAUAUCUGAGAAGAACUCUGAGAACCUAGCUCAUUUAGUUUCAAUCAUAUAUGACCAAACGGAAGCUCCAAAAUUGUUGAACAACACAGAAUACCGCCAGUACCGUGACAAAUUUGUUAUUGUUGGUCAACUACUACAACUGCACUUAAAGGAAAUUAUGGCUAUGUUCUACAAUGGAGACUUUUAUUUGUUCGGCACUGAGGAAUUAAUACAAUGGUUGAUAUUGCUUUUUGCUGACACGCCAUUAAGACAAAACGCGAUUCAAGAGAUCCGCGACAUAAGAGGUGCAAGUGCCGCUGACGAUUAA